AUGUCUUUCUUUCUUUCUUUCUUUCUUUCUUCAUGCUUUUCCCCAUUUCCUUUCUUUCUUUCAAGAUAUUCCAGCCAUCAUUUAAUUCAUUCUUUCUUUCUUUCUUUCUUCCUGCUUCUCUUUCACUCACCCUUUCCAUACUUCCUGCUUUCUGACAUAUAUUUCUUUCUUUCACUUCGUUCAUGUUUUCUUUCCUUCAGAUCUUCAUUCUUUCUUUCAAUCUUUCAUUCCCUUUUUUCAUACUUUUCUUUCGCUUUCUUUCUUUCACAUUUUCCAUGCUUUCCUUCCUUUCGUUCUUUCUUUCUUUCAAAUCUUUCACCUAUUAUUUUCCUUCCAUGUCUUCAGGCUUUCUUUCUUCGUGCUUUCUUUCCUUCUUUCAUUCAUAUUUUCCAUGCUUCUUUUUCUUUCUUUCACAUUUUCCAUCCUUCGUUUUAUUCAUUCAUUCUUUUUUUUUCAUUCUUUCUUCCUCUCUUUCAUUCAUCUCUUCCAUACUUUCGGCUUUCUAUCAUAUAUUUCUUUCUUUAUUUCUUUCACAUCUUCAAUGUUUUCUUUCUUGUCUUUGAUUAUUUCAUUCUUUAUAAUUCUGAAAGCAUUCCUUCUUCUUUUUUUUUUCAAUCUUUUAUUCAUUCAUCUAUUUAUUCGUUCUUCUCAUGA